UCUGCAUAUAUAGUAUUGAAAUUGAUGGGCGGGCAAAUCUAGUUAAGCGUAACAACAACUGUAAUGAGGAUAACUGUUUGCUUAUCCGGAGAUUCAUUUUUUCCGCUGGAGGUUUCAAAUAGCACGCUAAUAUCGGAACUCAAAAUGCUUAUUGAGGUUGAAAGUGGCAUAUCUGGAGUUGAUUUUGAACUAUCAAGAGAAGGACAGGUUUUAUGCGUUCAGUCAACUACCAAUAUCGAAAAGGCAGGAAUCAAAGAUGAGGAUCUUCUUUUUGCCGUUCCUAUCCCAAGACGCAACACAAAUGAAUCGAAGAGUGAUGGUUCAUCACGUACAGUUCCUUUGUUAGAUUUUAAGUCAAUCAAGGUUCCAGGUUCAUCGGGUUCUGGGGUACCUGAAGCUAUUCGCAAGCAUUUUCUAACUGGUGCUGCCCGUCAGCUGUCUAUAUUGGGUGAACGAAAUCCAGAGUUGGCUGCCGUCAUUAAUGACCCAGUUGCCUUUAGAAGGGUUUUUGAAUCACAACAGAGUACUGCUCGCCAGCAUCGGGAGGAGCUUGAAAACUUGUUGUCUGCAGAUGCUCUAAAUCCAGCAGUUCAAGAAAGAAUAGCUGAGCUUAUAAAACAAAAUAAUAUUGAUAUGCAAAUGGAAAGUGCUCUGGAAUAUUAUCCGGAAACAUUUGGCCAAGUUUCAAUGUUAUUUAUCAAUUGUAAAAUUAAAGAUCAAAAUAUUAAAGCAUUUGUUGAUUCUGGAGCACAGAGUACAAUUAUGAGUGAGGAUUGUGCACGACGUUGUAAUUUGGAUUCAUUAAUUGAUAAAAGAUGGGCUGGGAAAGCUUAUGGUGUUGGAACACAAACUAUAAUAGGUCGAGUUCAUAAUGGAUUAAUAGAAAUUGGAGGCAUAUUCAUUCCGACGUCUUUCAUUGUACUAAAAGAUCAAUCUAUGGAUCUGCUCAUUGGUUUAGACAUGCUCAAACGUCAUCAAUGUUGCAUUGAUCUUAAGCGUAAUGUUUUAAUCAUUGAUGGACGUAUUGAAGCACCUUUUCUACCAGAAUCUGAAAUUCCAUUGUCCUUAUCAAAUCCAUCUAUUCUGGAUAAUGAAGACACAGAUGAGAGAUUUCUAACGAAGAAUUUAACUUUCAUGGUCACGCCACUACGUCGGAAAUGGCCUCAAUGCUCUGAUUAAACGCUAUCAAAAGCAAGUCAGAUAUUAGUCAGCAUGAAUGUCCUAUUUCCUUUUCAGAUGUAUUCUCGUCGUAGCAUCAUAAACUACACAACUUUAGUUUCAAGAAGAUAACUGACAUUGGAUUGUCAAAUAUAUCUGACUCAAUUAUAAUUUUUAACCGGUAAUAAAAAAUUCAUUCUGUUGAAAUACACAAGAUCUUUGCAUUUCCUUUCUUUUCCAUAAACCUCAACGAAAGUCUUUUACUCGCUAAUCUCUUCUCCUGGUAUAUACCGAAAUCUGAAAUAUUCUAAGCGGUGUGAUAACAACACAGUUUGAAAUUAGAAUGGACAUAACUUUCUUUGUACAGUUUAUAGUAGGUAAAACUAAGUAAGAAUAAAGAUAUUCGUUGUAACGUCAAUACAACCUGGAAAUUGCGCUCUUCUGAGAAAUAUAAACAAAAGGGUGUAAAACUUGGAAGAACACUUCUGUCUGAUUAAAUGAUAAUUACACGUUUUUAUAACCUUUAUUACUAUUGGUUAGGUAAACCUAAGUGGUAAGUAAAGGGAGUUUUGACCUUAUUAUUAUUUACUAGUUGUAAGCUAAAUGCCCAUACUACUUAGUUAUAAUUCAACAACUUAAUGUUUCUAUACUAUUCCGAUAUAUUUAAAGUUUUUCGACUACUGUCUUUCAUCAUCACUAUUGCUGAGAUAAUAUUACUAGCUUAUAUUUAGUUCAUUAUAUGUACUAAAAAUCAUAAGAUUAUUGCUAACGUUGAAAAAUAUUUGAAAAUUAUGAUGAUACAGUUUAAGAAAUAAACUCACUGAUAUGUUUUUUAUUCAUUGAACAAUAAUCUGUCCUGAUCUGUAAUCUAAAUAUCUUCCCCUUAGAUAUUAUUGUUUUCUGUGCGAGUUUUGUAAAAUUCUUUCUCCUUUUAUGUGUUUUUAGUACACUGAUUUGUUCACAAUUUUAUUAUUCCUACAACAUGAUACUUAUACAACUUCAUUAUUAUUUUCUUAGUUUGAUGAGUCACAAAAGUUAAAAAUCCAAGUACUUGUUGAUCGUGGUAUUACUCGUUCCAAAGCAAUCGAUGUAUUACAUCGUAAUCAAUGGGAUUUAGACGCAGCUUUAGCUUCUCAUCUUCACAGUAUGUUUGGUCAAUCUAGAUAAUAAAUUGGAAUAUGAAUUGCUGACUAUCUAUCUAUCCAUCCAUCCAUCAAUUUAUUGUUCUUCUUAAUUUUCCGUUCUUUUUCUGAAAAUAUAAUCAGGGGUUUUGCUAUUAGUCAAUUUUGUUUCUUAUUCAUCUGUAUUAUUUUAUUCUGAUUUAUCUAUUAGUCUGUAUGAAUAAAGCAAACAAGUUCAUUUGGUUAUUCCUUUUCGUUUAUACUCGUAUUUUUAUUGAAAAAGGAUUGUUUAUUUUUUUUUGAAUAAAAACAAUUCUAAGAAAAUUGUUGAAUUUGUCAGUUUUUAUUAUAUCAUUAAUGUAUAUUAUUUUAUAUUUAUUUCUGUCAACCUAAUAUCAAACUCUCUGUUUUGUAUAUCCUUAUUUUGAGCAGAAAGGUUGUAUAGUUCCGAAAUUAUAUUUUUAUAUGUUCACUAGGAAGUUACCUAGUUGUUUGAGUUCUAAAUGUACAAAUUUAAAGGUGUAUAUCUAAGGGGAUUCAUAUAAGAAAUCGAGAAAUAUCAAAGAUUUGUAACUUUACAAUAAUGAUAUUGCUUUC